UGCCUCAUACCCCUUCACAGCGUGAAGGGUACUUAAGCAAUACAGAGCAUGCACAGACACAGCAACAUCAGCAGGAAGAGAAACAUUCAGCAGGGCACUGCACUACAAAAAAUUACUCAGCUACCACAAAUAAUUUAAGGUGACAGAAUAGUGAUGAAUCAAACAAACCAAACCGAGGACCUGUUCUCCUGCUACAGUCCUUCAGUUGAAGGUUACCGGUACUUCGCUGUGCUGUGGGGAUGUGCUGUAACCAUCACUGGUACGGUGGGGAACAUGAUGACCAUUCUGGCUUUCACAUUCGACCCACGUCUGAGGACUCGCUUCAAUGUGCUCAUUGUCAACCUGGCUGUAGCAGAUCUCUUGUACUGCACCAUACUGCAGCCUAUCUCCAUCGACUCCUAUCUACACCUCAGAUGGCGCAGUGGUGAGCUGUGGUGCAGAACUUUUGGCCUGCUCCUCUUCCUCUCCAACUCUGUCUCCAUUAUCACCCUUUGCCUGGUAGCAAUGAGCAGAUAUCUUCUAGUUGCCAAAAGAGCAGUGUUUGACCGUGUUUUCUCUAAUUACGGCCUUAUUUUACUGCUCAUCGCUGCAUGGGCACUCGGCCUGGUCAGCUUUGGUCCACUCUGGUCUGUCUAUGUGUUUGUGCCCCAGGUGUGCACAUGCAGCUUCCAUCGUACCCAGGGUCGGCCCUACACCACCAUCCUGCUAUUUUUCUAUUUUUUUAUUGGCCUGGGCUGUGUUGGCGCAUUCUACUUGCUCAUUUACAGACGAGUUCAGACUGCGUCACAGGCUCUGCUCCGCUACAGACUCAGCCGCCGGUCAUCCAGGACGAAACCAGCACCUUCAUUUCAAGGGACCGAUGACAGUGGUGUAGAGAGUGGCGUGAAGACCUGUAGCUCUGAUCUGAGCAGCCAUGGAGAACUAUCCCAAAACAAAGAUGUGAACACCUGUGAAAAGCCAUCCUUGUCCACCACAAGCAAUGGCACAGCCUUAAAUUCAUCAACAGCAAAGAAUCCUUCCACUAAUGUCAUCCAUAAUCCACCUUCAACCACACCUGCUACGACAGCCACCUCAUCACGUUCUGCGACCUCAGGAGACGAUGGUGAGUUCAAGCGGGUGACACGGAUGUGCUUCACUGUUUUUCUGUGCUUUGUGUUCUGCUUUGUCCCUUUUCUGCUGCUGAACAUUGCCGACAAACAGAACCGCGCUCCACAGGUAGCGCACAUGUUCUGUGCAAAUCUCACCUGGCUCAACAGCUGCAUCAACCCCGUGCUCUACGCAAUCAUGAACCGCCAGUUUCGACAGGCCUACCACGUGCUGCUCACUAAGGCAGCAGCCCCUUUCACCCGCUUCUGUGGCAGGUAAAGGGUGCCUCUACUGGAUCCUCAUUUCCUGGAGUUUAAGCUUGCCCGACACAGAGGACUUUAAAACUGCUUUUCUGUGUGAUUAAUCUUAUUUAUGUUACAUUACAGCUCUUUAUUAUGCACAAAAAUCACUACUUAAAGGGAUGCUUUACAGCUGUUGUACUUUUCACAACUGGCUUGCACAUCAUCAGCAUGUAUCACUUACAUCAUAUGAACACCUUCCAGUGUUACAAAAUCAGCACAGGACAUUCCUUUCUAGUACAACACACCUUUUUUCAGCAAUUCAGGAACUUAAGACUGCCCUGUGUCUCAAUUCUGUGCUGCCCUUCCUGUGUGACUUAUGGUAAAAACAGCUCACACACAUGGCCUUUAGGGUAAUAUGCGGUUGAAGUGUGCAUGUGUGAGCAUGUUUGAGUUGUCAGUACUUUUACUUGCUUCAGCCAAGAGGAGGUAGUUGUAUGAAAAUAAAGGCAUGACAAGCCACGAGGGGCAGUCUCAGAAAUCUAUCGUGAUAUUUCAAGAAAAUUUCUGACAUAGAUUAAAAAAAAUACUGAACAGCAUUUUCUCGAUGCUUGCAGUUUGAAGUAUUUAUAAGUGCCACCAAAUGAAGAGCAUUUUUCAUUCUUCUUUUCCAAUGAGCUUCUGUCAUUGAUGACACACAACCUAAUUAAGACUGUGAAUUUAUUGCCACAAGCUGCCAGCAGAAGCAGCAGCAGCAUCAUAGUGCAGUAGUACUGAAAACUACAUUUGUCAAAUGUAAGUGUAAAAGUAGCCGAGGUGGUGCUUUCCCUGAACAAUUUCAGUAAAAUUAUAACAUAACUGCCAAACAAUAUCAGGAGCUGCACAAUACUUCAUAUAAUUUCACUGAAAAAUAUUUUCUACCUGAGAGAUUUUAUCUUGUCAUGUUUUUAAACCAGCUGCUUAAAGUCAUGCUUUCCCAAGAAUGUAACUGCAUCAGUAAUUUCCAUCCACAUCUACAAAAUGCAAGUUUGCUCUUCCUGUCAACUAGUGAGUGCUCCAACAAUGCUCAGUUGGGUCAUGUGUUUACAUUUGGGUCACCACAUCACCACUGCAAGUAGUGGUGUGUGAUACUGCAAAAUUUGGUCUCCAUCAAUUAGUAAAUACAGGGUCAGUAUCUGUCAUGGUCCGGGGUCCUUUGGACCCCUUGUGUUUUUUGUUUUGCUUCAUUUUGUCUGUUCUGUUUUGGGAUUUCUUUUGGUUGUGAGGUUUAAUUGUUAUUUCUAGUCCCUGGU